AUGGUGAACACUACCUUGUUCCCCAAGCCAGUUAUAUGUUGCUCAAUCACUGUUACAGAUUUACUGUUUUUCCCUUCCCUACUCCCUUCUUUCUGUCAGACUGCUGACACGACUGUAGAUGCAAGAAAGACCAAAAGAAAAGCUAAAGCACCUCCUCCUCCAUCUGAGACCAAAAGCGUUGAUGUUUCUCCUUUUGAUGACACAGAAUCAGCCAACUUCACCAUGGAGCAGAAAGAGAAUGUAAUUGAUAAAGACAUUGAACUAUCAGUGGUCCUGCCUGGAGAUGUGGUCAAAUAUACUACUGUCAAUGGCAGGAAACCCAUGAUGGACUUACUGAUCUUUCUCUGUGCGCAGUAUCGUUUAAAUCCAUCAAGUUAUACUAUAGAGUUAAUGUCAGCAGAAAAUAGCCAGAUUAAAUUCAAACCGAACACACCAAUUGGAAUGCUUGAAGUGGAAAAGGUGAUUGUAAAGCCAAAGCAAAUGGAUAAAAAGAAACCUGCUCCAGUGAUACCAGAGCAAACAGUAAGAGUAGUCAUAAACUACAAGAAGACCCAGAAGACAGUAAUAAGAGUUAGUCCCCAUGCACCCCUUCAGGAACUCAUACCGAUUAUCUCCAGUAAAUGUGAGUUUGAUCCUUCGCACACUAUACUGUUGAAGAAUUACCAGUCUCAAGAAGCCCUGGAUCUGACAAAAUCUCUUAAUGACUUUGGACUGAGAGAAUUAUACGCCAUGGAUAUCAGUCGAGCCACAUCACCAGCUGAUUUAAAUUUACCAUCUUUACAAGACUCCUACCAAAUGUCUGAAAACUUAGAUGUUUUGAAGGAAAGAGAAAACAAAGGAUUUUUCAGUUUUUUCCAACGAAGUAAGAAGAAACGAGACCAAGCUGCCAGUGCCCCAGCAACUCCACUGAUGAGCAAGCCAAGGCCGACUUUUAUCAGCAGGUGCAACACUGUUAGCAAGCAGUAUGAUUCCAGCACCUUGCCGUCUGAAAUGCCAAAGAAGCGGAGGGCUCCUUUACCACCUAUGACAACUUCCCAGAGUGCCCCCCAGGAUCUUGCACAUGCCCAAGUCAAAACAGCACCUGGCAUUGUCAAAUCUAACAGUUUUGAUAGGAACAAACAGGACCCUCCAGGCCUAGGAGUAGUAAGGAAGGGCUCCCUGCCACUCAGUGACACGGCUUCUGUGAACUCCUCCUUGCGCAGGAUCAAGCGCAAAGCGCCCUCACCACCCUCUAAAACGCCAGAAGAUCAAAGUGAAAGCACUAACGAGCCUGUAACAACAGAAUUAACAUCUGCUAAGGAUGCUAUAGAAGAAAAUGCCACUGAAAUACAGACUGAAACAGCCGCAGGGAGCGCAGCCGGCAGCCUGGAGGGCGAUGCCCAGAAGGAAGAGAGGAGCGUGCGCCCGGGAGAGGGGACGGAAAGGGCAGCGCCCGCUCCGAGGACAGCAGAGGCUGCUGCAGCCCUCAGCUCUACUGAGCUGCCUUUGGAAACUGAGGAAAAUGAUGCUGCUUCCUCAGCUCCCGCUCCUGGCAGUGUUUCUGUAGACAACGCGCAAAGCCUCAAGGAAGAAAAACAAGAAAAUAUUAGCACAGAUGGCAAAGGACUCCAGACUAAGAUAAGUAGUGAGCAAGUUGCCUUUGAAAAAGAUGGGAACCUCAGAAUUUUGGAUGAAAAUAGAAAUGAUGGUGACAAUGGUACAAAACUUGUUGCAACAACAGAAGAAGAAAAAGAACUUCAGGCAAUAGAAAUUACAGCAGUAGAUUUUAGAGAAAAUAACAAGCUUGAAGCUGACAGACUAUCAAACUGCCAGGCAUGUAAAAAUGACGUCUCUGUAAGUCAUAGGAAUUAUCCUCAAGUGAUUCCAGAAAUGCAGGAGCAGAAGUCACAUCGAAACAGUCUGGACACAGUAAAAACUCAGGAUGUUGCAAUUCAGACAGGCCCAUCAGAGAGCAAUUUGGGAAGAACUGCAGUAAAGGAAAUUACUGUUCCCCAAGAGUGUGAGUCACUCAGGGGACUGGCCCCUCAACAUAACACAGGUACAAACAACCCCCUUGUCCGGCUGAAGCAUGGAGGACAAGAAGAUGAAGAAAUUUUGACAGAAUUAAACCUUCAGAGGGAAGGAGAAGGAAAUGCCAUAAAAGAUCAAAGUCACAUCUCUAUAAAUGGUGAUAAUGUUGUUUCCCCAGAAGCAACAGUGAAAAUUCCUGGUGACUCUCCUUUGAAAAGUUACCCUCUUUAUAGACAGGACACCAAGCCUAAACCGAAGCCCUCUAAUGAAAUUACAAGAGAUUACAUACCAAAAAUCGGAAUGACCACUUACAAAAUAGUGCCUCCAAAAUCCUUGGAGGUAAUGAAGAGCUUAGAAUCAGAAAUAUCAUCAGAUUAUAAGGAUGAACAGGUGUCUGCUCUGGAAAACUCUCUGAAGCCUGAAGACUCCAAAGAACUCAUAACACAAACUGAAGUUCCUCGACCUCAAGAAAGUGUGGAUCGUUUGCAGGUUGCUUCACAAACUGAACCUAGAGCAGCAAGUGAUGCCCUGCCGGGGACGAGCAGCAUUUCUGCGCACGCAGGGGCUUCCCAAGGGGAGCUUGCUGCUGAGAGCAAUCCAGCGGGAAUGCAGCUCCCCAGGCAGCGGGUCCCGCUGACGCUGAGCUUGGAUAAUGCACAUGCUUCUUCUGAGACUCAAGACAGAGCAACUGCAUUAAGUCCUGCAAUGAAACCUAGCUCUUUUUUUCUGCAAAUGCAGCGAAGAGCUUCAGCUCAUUAUGUGACAUCUGCAGUGGCCAAAAGUUCCAUUUCUGUUCCCAAUUCUAUUCAAAAUGAAACUAAGAAUACAGACAUGGAAAAAAGAAAAUACUCACCAGAUCAAAGUACUUUUCUUUUGAAUAAAGCAAGUAGUUUCUCUCCAUCAGCAGAUGAGCAAAAAGAUGAUGAGGAAAAAAUAAUUGAAUCCUCCAACUCUCCUGUUAAAAGCAAACCCUUGGGCUUCCCCUCCUGUCAACCAGCACCGUUGAGCUUAAAAACUCUCAGAACUUUUGCAGUCCCAAAGCCAUAUUCUAGUUCGAGACCAUCCCCCUUUGCUCUUGCUGUCUCGUCGGCAGUCAGGAGGUCACAGUCCUUCAACAAGACACGUGCGACCACGGGCCAGGCAGCGAGAGAGGAGCUUCCCGCUGAACCAUCCUCUGCGGCUUCUGCAGCCGGAAUCUCCUUGGCUGCUUCCAUCCCUCCAGUGAAAAACCCUUCCUUGCAGAGCGUGACGGGAGGGUCACACACGAGCCUCGCAGAUAAGACCAGCAGCUCUGUGAGCAGAGAGCAGGUGGGGGCAGGUGCCCCCGACCAGCCACCCGCUGCGGCCAAGGGGCAGCCCACGGUGCUGCCGCGUCCCGACCCCGAGCAGAUCCACCGGAGCCUCCUGGCUGCCAUUCGCUCCGGAGAAGCUGCUGCCAGGUUGAAAAGGGUUGGUCCUCCACCAAAUGCUAUGUCUGUUAAUGGAAGAGCCAGGCUGACUCAUCUAUAUUCUACAGAAGCAAAAACUAAUCACUAGAUGUUAUACCAAAUAUUUUGCACUUUACUACUGCUUCAUAGGCCAUCUGAAUACUAACUACGAAUGAUUGAAAGUGUAAAUGCAAGUAGAUGUUAAUAUAUUUUUGUCAAUUGGUAUAGGAAUUUCAUGUUGGGUCCUUUGCGCAGGAAAGAUUAUUAGACUGUAUAAAUUAUGGUAAUAUUUUGCCUUUUUCUCUUUAUAAAGCUGAUAAUGCUGCUAAAAAGGUUUAAGAAAAGGUGCAGAUGAACUUCACUUGUGUUGGGAUGAGAAUCAAAAAUUUUUGAUUUCAGCCUUCAAGACUGAACAAUAUGUAGUAGUAUACUGAAAAUACAGGUUUCUCUAAAUGUAAGAAUUUUAGAUGAGUAAUUUUGUAAUUGUGUAAUACUUUAACAGAUUGUAUGAAUUUAAAUCUACCAAAUGUUGCCUCCAUAUUAUUUUGUUAAAUUAAAUUUGUAAUUAGUAGAGAAUCUUAAUUAUAUUCAAUACUUUUGUUUCUCUAAAAAAUGGAUAUUUGUUUUUGUUCCUUCAGCUGAAGUAGUUGAGCUAAGUAUUUUUAAUCUUUCUUUUUUUCCUGGUAGCACAAAAAAGAUCAGGACAUAAAUUAUUGGAAAUUUUUGUACUACUUCAAAACUUUUCUUAACGGUAGCACUACAUGACUUUCUGGUCUGCUCUUUAAAUAUCUGUAUAUAGUAUCAAGGUAGUAUUCAUAUAAGCAAUAUCUUUUGAGAACCAAAUCUAUUUUAAAAGUCAUCAGCAUAUAAUCACUUACCAAUAAAAUACAAAUUCCAGUUUUUGAUAUUAAUAGAAGAAAAAGUUUUCACUGAAAGUUUGACUAAAGAAUGAACUGCUUGGGACUUUUCACGUAAAAUAUUUUAAUCUUUGGACAGCACAGUAAAAGAAUUAGAAUGCAUACUUGUGUCUGAGAGCCUCUAUUUAUAAAUUAAGCAUUAGAUAUGAAAAUGGGAGCAUACAUAAAAAGAAAAUGCUUUGUGUUAUAUUUUAUCUAUUUUGCAUUUUUUGGCAAGAUAAUAGAUUUUUGGGGGCAGGGGUGGAAAUGUGAUGACAGUCCUGAUGAAAUAGCUAUAUUGUGGAUACAUGCAGCACUUGCAGGUGUUUUUGCCAAUAUAAAGUAUUUUCUUGAUGGACUGGAUUUAAAUAAAAGUAAUUGUAUUAAUUUUUAUUCCUUAACACUGUAUUUAUUGUGUACCAUAGAGACAUUCUGUAACUCAGUUUCAGAAACUGAUU